AUGAAGUCUAACGCUUUUACUCUGCUCCUUGCCGCUGGGAUGGCCAUCGCCGCCCCGGCUUCCCCGGCCGAGGUCGCCCGGUCCAUCGACACCAUCUCCUCGCCGGCCUCAUACACUGGGGCCGAGAUCGUCGCCCGCAUGGCCUCAGUCGCCGCCCUGAGCCCCCGCGCUAGCCCUCCAAAGCAGGACCCCAACGCCUGCUACUCUGACUGCGUGCUGAACGGAGGUGGCGACUGGGAGUGUAUCUGCGUCUGCGUCGACUGCGGCGGCAAGACACCCCCUCCUCCCUCAGGGCCCAAGCCGUAA